UGGACAGCAGUGACAGACAACCAAACACCACCACGACCCCCUCCCCCAUCUCCCGAACACACGCACACGUUCCUCUUCUUCGCUGCCUCAACUCGAAGCGACAGGCAUGGACGACUGGAGCCACGAGGAUGUUGUGGUGUGGCUCACGCACCUCAAGCUCCAAAACGACGUCGUUGACGUGUUCAAGGCGUAUGAAGUGACGGGCCGCGACCUCUCUGUGCUCUCGGACGAAGAGCUGGCAGCCAUGGGCAUCUCUAACAAGCUGGCUCGCUUGCGCAUCACCGUCAAGCGCCAACUCCACCUGCACGCAAAGGACCCGCGCAAUUUGCCAGACGAAUCACUGGUCCCUGGGCAGGACUAUGUCAUGACACCCGUGCCCGCACCCCCACCAAGACACCUCCACUCCCAGGCGAGUGUUGAUGACGAUGAGGACGACUACAUGGUGCCACGCGACAAGGCCGCCUCCUUGUGCCUGCGCGGCUCGCCCGAUUUGAGUGCGCGGAAAACGAAUGAACAGCGGAGCGGGAUGCGGCCCCGUGCAGCCACAGUCGGCAUGCAAAGGGCUGCCCUGCGCCGCCCCGUGACGGCGCCGUCGGGUCGCGUGUUGGAUAUGGCCGUUGGCCGGCAGCACCACCGCCACCCGCCCACCAGCACACCGCGACAGCGCAACACCCUAUCCCGCAGCACAGACGCAGCACUCACGCCCGCAGUGACAAGCGCACAUGCACAUGCGCAUGCACGUAUGGGUGCACGUCGGAUGACAGCGGGUGCUGGUGUUGUCACCGCCGCUGCUGCUGCUCGCAAGCGCACCUCGUACGACCACAUCCCACAUGUGCCGACAGCCGUGGCGCCAAACAAUGGCAUGCCAUCCAAGUCACUGCCGCUGCCGCCAUUCCAGCAGGAGCUGCGCGACAGUCUCGUCCACCAGAUCCAGCAAGCGCGCAAGCGAGGAACAAACGAGAUGGCGAACAUCGUGUACACACGCACGCGUCUCGACACAGAUCUGUGCCAACAGCUCUCCAAGGAGCUGCGCAUGUGCCAGCUUGUGUCGACGGUGAUUCUUGACCGCUGCGGCCUGACGAACGAGACUGUGCACUACGUCGCCAUGGCCAUUCCACACCACUCCGGGCUGAGGAAAUUGAGUUUGGAGCACAACAAGAUCAAGGACGAUGGCGCCAUAGUGAUUGCACAGGCCUUGCGCAGGAACGCAAGCCUCAAGCAGCUCAACCUCGCACACAACAAGAUUGGAACAAAAGGCGCCACUGAGCUGAUCAAUGCCACCCGUUACGUGUUCGGCUUUGGGGAAUACAAUCUCUCCCUCUCCGAAGUCAACAUUGCCAGUAACAGCUUCUCCAAGAAGAAGAUUGGCGCUCUGUUGAAGGAUGACACAGAGCACGACACCUCUUUCAACUACUGAGCACGUGCUUGCGCGCGCUCUCGAACAAACAUGCAUGCACAGUCGUGUACGUGCAUACACAAACACACACACAUGCACACAUACGCACAGACAUAAAACAUGCGAACACAAACAUGCCACCACACAUGCAAACACAUACACACAUGCUUGGUCAUGUGGCCCCACCUUCCUUCGCUCGUUCAAGUGCCAGUCGCUUGUGUACUGCUUCACUUUCUUGGGUUCUGUAGCCGCUGUUGUCUCUGCUUUGUCUCCGUGCCUGGACUGUCUGUGUCGUCGCAUGUGCGAGCCGCAUGCGCUGGUUUGUGUUCGUUUGUCUCGUUUCCCCUUUGCUUUCUCUCCAGUCCACACCCUUCCGUCGUCUCUGUGGUGUGAUGUUGAUGUGGUGUGGUGAGACAACCAACCGAACAAUACAACACCC